CGAUUUGCUUUUACUUCUCAAACCCAAACAUUCUCUCUCUCUCUCUCUCUCGCUCGCUCCGUGGCCCAAUCGACGUUCCUCUCCAUCUUCUUAAGGGUUGUUUUCCCAAUCAAUUUUCAUUUGAAAGUUAGCCCAAGAACCUUUGCUCGUGGUAUCUGACGAGAGCCAUUCCGGCGAAGAGUCGAUCGAACAUGGCUUCUUUCCGGGCAUUCUUGAACAGUCCCGUUGGCCCUAAAACAACUCACUUUUGGGGACCUGUUGCCAAUUGGGGAUUCGUCGCUGCUGGUUUAGCGGACAUGAAGAAACCCCCGGAAAUGAUUUCGGGCAACAUGACAGCAGCAAUGUGUAUCUACUCGGCAUUGUUCAUGAGAUUUGCGUGGAUGGUACAGCCCCGCAACUAUCUACUCCUGACAUGUCAUGUCUCGAACGAGACUGUGCAGCUCUAUCAACUCUCACGAUGGGCAAAGGGUCAGGGGUACUUGUCUGAGAAGAAGGACAAACCUGUAUCUCAGUAACCUAAUGCCGACAUCUUUUGCUUACCUGUUCUACCGAUUUCAGUUUGCGAUUUCUGCAGAAAUUAUUCAUUAUCUCAUGUGAGUCAUUUUGAAGCUUGUCGGACUUGCUCUUAGUAUACACAUAACUGAGAAAUUUUGUGAUCUUGUUGUCAAUUGUCUCUAUUUGUUGAAGAUGUGUAUCUUGGUGGAUCACCGUUUUUGGUAUGUGGGAAUUGAUGAAAGAGUUUAUUACCAGAUAGCUGUCAAGAGCUCCAAUAUAUGAUUGGUGAUGCUGAAAUCAUGUUCAAAUAAAUUUAGUGUUCCGUUUUCUUUUCUCCCAUCUUGCAGAGAAACUAUCUGUUGGUUCUAUGUAAUGAUAUGUUUUUUUAAAGUAAAGUUGGAGUUGGAGUGGAA